GAGAGGAGGAGCCAGGGCGGCCCGUGCGACAAAGCCCAGUGCGCAAGGAGCUGGUGACCGGGAAGCAGAACCGCGCCGGGCAGCCGCGGGGCGGGCGGACCCACCGGAGCCCGCUGCCCCACGGGGGGUGGGAGGCCCGUCCUGCCGCCCCCCCCGGCUCGGGGGUCGGGGCGGCUGCGGAGCGGAGCGGGAGGCGGCCGGGCUGGUGCUGCUAAGCCGCUUAGGGCCGGGGCUGGCAUGAGCCUCCCCGGCGGGGCGGCUGCGGGCUGCGCGCUGCGGCGGGGAGGCUGAGGGCGCGGAUCCGCCGCCGGAGCGGGAGGAGGCGGAGGGGGGGGCCGCGCUCCCCCCGGGAAGAUGGGGAACUGCCUCAAGUCCCCCACCUCGGAUGACAUCUCGCUACUCCACGAGUCCCAGUCGGACAGAGCUAGCUACGGAGACGGAGCUGAACCGGAUCAGGAGCCGCCGCCGCCAUAUCAGGAGCAGGUGCCUGUUCCUGUGUAUCACCCCACGCCGAGCCAGACUCGCCUGGCCACGCAGCUGACGGAAGAGGAGCAGAUCCGCAUCGCGCAGCGGAUCGGCCUCAUCCAGCACCUUCCCAAAGGAGUCUACGACCCCGGCAGAGACGGCUCCGAGAAGAAGAUCCGAGAAUGUGUCAUUUGUAUGAUGGACUUUGUUUAUGGGGACCCUAUCCGAUUUCUGCCGUGCAUGCACAUUUACCACCUGGACUGUAUAGAUGACUGGUUGAUGAGAUCCUUUACCUGUCCAUCCUGCAUGGAGCCAGUGGAUGCAGCACUGCUUUCAUCAUAUGAGACUAACUGAGCCAGGGUUUCUCUACUGAACCUUCGAGGAGACCAUCCACUUCAAUGGGUUUGAUCCUUUUGUCAUUCAGCCCAAAGAGCCAGGAAUUAGGAAUUAAGAUCAUGCACAAAGUAUACAUUUCCUAAUAAAUAAAUAAAAAAAUAUUCCUGAAUGGCUGCAAAUAUUGGAAAACAUAGUAUUUUAGAGACUAUAGAAAAGUAGGUUGUUAUUUUUAAUGUAAAGCCUUGACCCACCAUUGUCUUUUAAUGUUUGUUCUUACACCCAUAUAUAGGAAUUGUGUAAAGUGUUACAGCAACUGUAAAUGUUUAAACUGCGUGUAUCCAAUUUUAUUAGCAGGAAGAUAAGAGUAUUUUUUUCCUAAAUAAAGUAACCAGUUUUGUUCUGAUUCUUUUCACAAGUCCUGGCAUUUGGGUCAAGGCUUUAUUGAAAUCUACAUUUUAUAACACUGGCACAAAGAAAUAGUUUUAAGCUUGUUUGCACAGUUCUUUUUCUUUUUCUUUUUUUUUUUCUUUUCCAUUGGAGAUGGAAUUCAUUGCCUUAGGUCUUUUUAAUAGUGUAUUGUUAUUGUUGGGCUGGCUCUAUGCUUGAAAACCAGUUUAUUUAUAACCUGUUAAAAGUGCUAUAUUUUGUUUGCAGUUAGGAAUAUGCAGACUUCAAAGUGAUCUCCUAGCUUGUAAGCAAACUGAGAUGCAUUAUCCCUUUUCUACAAGUGAUGCAGAUUAUGAAGAUAUGACACAAGUCCUGCAGUGAAACCGUGGUUUCAUGGGGUUUUUGUAUAACUUCCUUUGGCUUUGAUGAAGUAACAGUCCUUAAACUUUAAUAUGUGACCUUUAACUUGAUCAGAUUAAAAGUGGGCCAGAUGAACAAUAAAUAGUUAAGCUGCCAUAACUGAAAAAAAGAAAAAAAAAAAAAAAAUUGGAACUAAUGUAGUGUUAGCAUUGAUCACUUAUUCUACUUUUUUUCUCCCUAAAAAUGGUUGUCUUGGAUCAUAGUAAAUGGAUACUGCAUCUCUCGUUCUUGUAGUUCUUAGGUUAUCAGAAGUUAAGAAUAAACAUACUGUAUCUCAGU